AUGACAUUCGACCCCAGUGUGGGUAAGGCAGAAGAUAAGCAGGACUUUCUGCCUCAGGGACUGGGUAUUUUUGAUUUAUCUGCAAUGACGUGGAAUAAGUCUGGCUUCAAUGUCGAUGAUGAGCCCUAUGCGCGUCCGAAGGCGGUGGAAAAUUGGUACCAGCAAAACUAUAUCCACAAAAAAUCAUUCAAUGACCCAACCGUCCGUGGCCUCUUUCUUAAAGAUUCGACUACAUCGACCACCAACCUCCAAGAAAACCCCAAAUCCAGCUCAAACCGCAAUCUUAGCGGUGGCGCUAUCGCUGGCAUCGUCAUCGGCGUUCUCAUUGGCAUGGCACUUAUCGCAGCGCUUUCCUUAUGGCAAUGGAGGCGCGUGGGCGAAACAGGACAGUGGGAGAACGUAGAAAAGGACGGGCUUCCGAAGUAUGGCGCAGGACCGCCUAAUGAGAUGUCUGCAAGCACGAACUUGAAUGAACUUCAAGGGGCCCAGGAGGGAGAGGGUCAUGAGGUAGCGGAGAUGGAUGGGGUUGGGAGGAGUGAGUUGGGUGCUAAUUAUGAGGGAGGGAGGUGA